GAGGACUGUCACGACAAAGUUUUUCUCAAAAACAGUCAGAAAGUAUUAUUAACUCUCAUCGACGAUUAAUUAAUGUACGAAGAUUAUGAUUUACCUCUGUUCGGUAAGUAAAUGGCAAGGAAAGUAAUUAAAAGGAAAUUCGAUUUUUUCUUUUGAAGUUGUGAGAGUUUGCUCGUUUUUUUUGCUGCAAUGGUGUGUGUAAAUCGGGUCUUUCCUCCACAAAAACUACAUUCGAAUGAGACACUUCAAUUAGACACAAGGGGAUUUAUGCAGCUCUUUAUAAUUUAAUUGCUUCAGUUUCUGCUUUGCAAUUUACGGUACAAAUGUCCAAAUUGAACAGACUUGGAAAGACUUACCGAAAGCGUAUAUUUGUUGUAGAACUGAAAACUUCGCUCGCUCUUUUACUUCGAACAAAUUGUUUGAGGGAAUUCACAGUGACUCUCUUUACCCAAGAGCAUCGAUGUAAACUUGAAAAAUGUCAAGAAAAUUUUACGAAUUCGAUUAGCAUCCCGUUCAGGGGCAGCGACAGAACCUUAAUUCACAUCAUGCUGAAGGAAACCGGAAUUAGAGAUCCGGCAGUGUGAACGGCAUGCCUUUCUCAAGAAUCAACCCAUCCAAAAUAUUAUUUUAGAUUUGAUUCCCAUUUGAUUCAAUCUUUAUGAGAUUUGAGAUUUCAGUAAAUCAAUCAAAAAGAGUAACGUUUUUUUCCUGUUACAGAUAUUUUACGACAUGAACAGACUUCUGCAUAUGGCGCCUGUCAUGCGUAAUGCCCCAACAUUUCGAGGGAGUCUUGACUAUGAUGUUCACGGAAAAAAUUGUGCAGACAUCUUCUGUGUCCUGCCACAAUGCGUGAACUUUAAGUUGCAAACCAGGCAUGUCAGCACAUCUCGAAAAGACAAACCUGACAGUCAGGCCGGUGGGGCUUCGGCUGACACGACUGCGAACAUCUUGCAGAACAGUAAUAAUGAUAGCAAUGUAGCGUCCUUAAGUCCAGCCAUUCUAGAUCAUGAUGCAGAGAAACAGCUCCUGGAUGAAUUAGAAGAGUAUGAGAGGUUUUUGGAACGACAGGUAGCUGAUAUGGCCCCACAGCCUGGUUUCAGUGGUCGUUUUGGGAUUGAAAAGCAGACGACCUCGUUUCCCCUUUAUAACCCAAAAGAGGAUUGUCAAGUUCCUCGACAGACAGAUUCGUUGCACUGUUACAGCCCAAAAAGGGAUGGCCAGACUCCCGGCGAGACAGCGAGAAACCAUCAACCUUAUUCCCGCGAUUACGACGCAAAAUUUGAGGGGAGGAGAUCUACCUUUAUGAAACCUUCUAAUUCCGCGGUUAGGCUGAAUAAGGAAUCUGACGAAGAUCCUUUCUUUCCAAGUUUCUAUGAGCAGUUUGCAUCAACAGAUCAAUUUACUGUCCCAGUAAAAAGGUCAGGGGACAUUCAUGCUGCUAAACGCACGCGGAAAGAUUCCUCUAUGACGAAAACCAUGCCAAUACCAGCCACCAUCGUGCGGGAGAAGACUGCUUGCCACUUCUCGAGCGCCUCAGAGCAAUUUCUUGGCACACAUUCCGACCCUAGCCGAAUGGUGUUUGGAAUCCUCGCGCAGAUAUUGCAUAUGUUUGAAAAACCCAUGUCUGCUGAAGCUGAAACAUUUUUUGUCCAUGUUCUUCAAAAGGCACUCAGAGAGAUACAGAAUGUAACGUCACGAGAGAGCAUCAAGUGAGUUUACUAUAGACCCGCGGCAAGAGUUUGUAAUAUGAAGUUGUAGAUUACUGAUAUAUUUUCAUUGUUCUUGAUGAGAUUGGAGACUCCGGUUCGAUCUGUACCAAUGUGUCAAUUUUUUUUGUUCGCGAAAUCUUGAAAAUAUUUUUUGUAAAUUGUAAAAAGUGUUGCAUUAAAUUACA